AUGGCUUCUUCGCCGUCCGACCUAACCCUAGACUACAAGCCCAACGGCAACGGCGCCGCCUACGCAGUGACGAUCCCGAAGCCGCAGCAGCAGGAGCCGCUCGUGGUGGACGGCCACCACCACCACCAUCAUCUGACGACGACGGAGCAGGCGACGCAGAAGCUCCGGGAGUUCCUUGCCCGCCUGGAGGGGGAGCGGCUCAAGAUCGACGCCUUCAAGCGCGAGCUCCCCCUCUGCAUGCAGCUCCUCAACCACGCCAUGGAGUCGUACAGGCAGCAGCUGGAGGCGUACCAGAUGGGGAGCCUACAGGGCGCGCCGGCGAGGCCGCUGGUGCUCGAGGAGUUCAUGCCGCUCAAGAACAUCGGGAUCGACGCCGCCACCGACAAGAUGGGGAACCCGCCGUCGGAGAAGGCUAGCUGGAUGGAGUCCGCGCAGCUCUGGAACGGGCCCGCCGCCGCGGCCGACGUGGCGGCCAAGGGGCCGCAGACGCCCAAGGAGAGGUCGGCGCACCCGCUCCCGAUCGACACGCUCUGCGCGCACGACGCCGCGGCCGGGCAGCGCAACAGAGGCGGCGCGUUCCUCCCGUUCGCCAAGGACAAGACCGCGUCCGCGGCGGAAGGCGCGGCGCUGCCGGAGCUCGCCCUCGCGCCCGCGGACAAAGACGCGGCGGCCGAUGCUGACAGGAAGCCGUACCUCGACGCCGGCAGCAACAACGGCGUCCUGGGCGCCCGGAGAGACGUCAUCCAGAACGGCGUCAAGCCGGCGCCGAACGCGCCGGAAGGGCAGCAGGCGGCCGCGGCGCCGCCGCCGCAGACGCACCGCAAGGCGCGUCGGUGCUGGUCGCCGGAGCUGCACCGCCGCUUCGUCAAUGCCCUCCAGAUCCUUGGCGGCGCUCAAGUGGCGACCCCGAAGCAGAUCCGCGAGCUGAUGAAGGUGGAUGGAUUGACCAAUGAUGAGGUGAAAAGCCAUCUCCAGAAGUACAGGCUGCACACGCGAAGGCCGAUGCCGGCGCCGCCCGCGCCGGCGACCGCGGCGCCGCAGCUGGUGGUCCUCGGCGGCAUAUGGGUCCCGCCAGAGUACGCGACGCAGGCGGCGGGCCAGGCCAUCUACGGCGCGCACCCGGCGACGCAGCCGCACUACACGGCGGCGGUUGCGGCGGCGCAGGAGUACUACUCGUCCCCCGCCGCGGUGCACCACCUGCAGCACCACCCGGCGGCCGCCGCCGCCGCCAUGGUGCACCGUGCGGCCGCGGCAGCGCCGCCGCCGCAGCAGGCCUCGUACAAGGCGGUGGCGGCAAUGGCGGGCUCGCCGCCGGGAUCGGAGGGGCGGGGCAGCGCCGGAGGAGGCAGUGUCGGCGGCGGCGGAGGCGGCAGGGAGAGGUCCGAGAGCAUCGAGGAGGAAGGCGAGGGCGAGGAGCGGGAAGAGGAUGACGACGACGACGAUGACGACAUGGCGGCCGCCGCCAAGGCCGACGGCGAGGAGGCCGCCGCCGGUGCCGGAGCCGUCGUCAAGUACUAA